UGAUCGUCACAGAUGUAUGUAAGAUGUAAGUAAAGCUGUAGAUAUAAAAACCACGUGGCAUAUCUUGGCAACCUUACAAAUUUUGUAUUAGUGUGUACAGUAUCAAAGUCAGUGGAGGUACAAGCUACAGAAUGCCAAAGUGCAAGAAAACCAAGAAGUUUGCAGCCAUGAAGAGGAUGAUCUCAGCCAAGGAUGCUCGAAUUAAAAAGAAUCAAGAAAAGAAUGAACAGAAACAAAAAAAGACAGAGGACGACAAAGUCAGACGAAUUCCACAAGUUCCCUCUUCUCUGUUCUUCCAAUACAACGACCAGCUCGGACCUCCCUAUCACAUCUUAGUGGACACUAACUUCAUAAACUUCUCCAUCAAGAACAAACUGGACAUUAUGCAGAGUUUCAUGGACUGUCUUUAUGCAAAGUGUGUACCUUGUAUCACUGACUGUGUUAUGGCAGAACUUGAGAAGCUGGGGUCAAAGUUCAGAGUGGCGCAGAGAAUAGUAAAAGACGCUCGUUUUGAAAGACUCCCAUGUACACAUGCUGGAACCUACGCUGACGACUGUCUGGUGAAUAGGGUCACACAGCAUCGCUGCUACAUUGUGGCCACUUGUGACCGUGACCUGAAGAGGAGGAUUCGCAAGAUUCCUGGAGUACCCAUCAUGUACAUCACUCAACACAAAUACAGCAUUGAGAGAAUGCCUGAUGCUUACGGAGCUCCAAGAGUAUGAUGCAAGGUUCUAGCUGUGUGUGCAAGACCAGUUCCUCUUGGCCUACAGCUGAGAAACAAUUAUUAUACUUAACAACAUCACAAUAGCUCGACUAGCACAUAAUUAUGUACACAGUGUACUUUCUUAAUCUUAUGCAUGAAAGCAGAUAUAAAUAACAGUGAAAAACACAUUGACUAUACAGCCAGCCAAUAAUAGUCAAAAAGUGAUUUCACUAGCUGUUAAUUUUCUCUAUUUCUGAGUGUAGAGUGUCUAUUGACUUGUUGAGGUUUUGCAAAUGAGUGUUGAGAUGCGUUGUGGUCUCCCCUUUC